AUGUUCAGGAAGAAGAUACUGGUGCGAGUUGAUCCUCCUACCUGCUUUGCUGCUUCUCCCUUCUUCCAUGUCCAGCUGCGGAUUGAUCCGCCACCUUCCUCGUCGCGCUCACCCCUCUCUGAUCCCCAUCUCUCCGCCGGCGCAUCGCUCUCCGUCAAGGUGGAGUCACUGUGCUGGAAGCUCUCCCGCGCGUGGCACGUCGUUUGCUUGUGUUUUCCUGACUCUCUCGACAUCGUUGUUGUCUACAAGGUUUGUGUGAUCUUGACUUCAUUUUGUUUUUCGUAUCCAAGCAUGCAUAUAUAUAUAUAUAUAUAUAUAUAUGUUUCAUUUGCGGCUGCUUCUAUUUUCAGAGAUCUCAGUCGGAAUCUAUAGAUCAAGUCAUAAAGGAAAUCUGCAGACAACUUCCAAUUGGUGAUGUGAGGAAUCUCGACGACAAUUUUCAUUUGAACUUGGACAUAUUUACGUGCAUUUUCGGCUGGAUGGUCUUGUAUCCUUUGAAACGUCAAAGGAGCGUGGAGAGGACCGUAAAGGGCGAUUCAUAGAUUAUUUUUUUCUUUCGUCGUUUCCCCCCUUCCUGCAUAGCACGCUAACUAGGAAGUGGAAAGUAAGCUAAUUGUGGAGAUUUGGCUGUGGCUGAGGAAAGGUCGGACUCGAGGAAGAAGUGACAUCGAGCUCAUUGCUUGUACAAGCCCUGGAGUGUGCUCUUAAGUGCGUGUUUCUGGAUAGCGAUUGGAGUUGCUUGGGAAACAACUUGUUCGUUCACUCAGGUUUUGCUCGUGAGGAUGAGGGGAAUCACCUAUGUGCCCUUGUUGUGGUAAUUUCAUAUAUCUUCCUUCAUGUUUUUCCGUGACGUGAUGGCCAUGUCUUUAUUUACUAAUAUUUAUUUACACCAAUUCAAUUAGUGUCGUUCUCUUCUUGGAAAUAAUUUUAAAUGUUUUUCAUUGCCACAGAGUAGCGCGUGAUUUUCUCCUUUUCCACUCUGUGUUCCUUGUAGAAUAAUGUUCACACAGAUCACCAGUCCUUUAUCCUGUGUUCCAUGAUCCAUAUAUAAUUUUUCCAUAUUGACCUAUUCACAAGAAAAUUAAAGUGAGAUGGGACGAGAAGCGUAUAGAGAGUCAUGUACAUGAAAAUUCUGACGAUCCUCCAGCCUAGGUUAUGUUGAAGAGUAAUAAUCUAAAAAAUCAUUUCAUCAGGGAGAUAUUCUUGGAUAGUAAUAUUGGCUAUGAAUAAAGGAUAAGCAUACCAUCAUUAUGACCUGUUCUAGAAAAUUACUGUCGAUAAAGUUUUAGAAAUGUCUGGAUCUGGAAUGAGGAGGAAAAAUAGUUUCCUUAGUGGGUCUACUGGUCUGAUAGCUUUUAUUGUGUUUCUGUGAGACGUACAACUCCUGAUUCUCGUCUGCAGUAAAGGAUUAGCUUUACAUUUCUUGCACCUGGAACGAAAGGAAUGAGGGGCCCUUCUGUCUCCUUAGCUAAUAGAAAGUUUUUGCGGCAUAUGAGAUUAUGAACCAGCUGCUGAUAUUGAGCCAGGAACUCUCUCUCUCUCUUUCUCUCUCUCUCUCUCUAUCUAAUCUAUCUAUAUGUCUCUCUAUCUGUCUAUGUGUAUAACUACCUAUCUAUCUACCAAUUUAUCUGUCUGUCUGUCUAUCUAUGCAUAUAUAUAUAUCCAUGUAUCUAUCUAUCGAUUUAUCUUUCUAUAUAUCUAUGUAUCUAUCCAUUUAUCUACUUUAUGUGCUUGUUUGAUUCAGCUAUGCAUAUCCAUGCCCGUCUGUGUUCUGAGAGGGAUAUAGAACUAGGUUUUUGGAUAUGUAUGUACCUGUCUACGUGGGCAUGUGGAUGCCAAGAUAGGCGCCAAUAUUCAUGGUAGUGCAUUCAUUAUUCCGAGUUGAAAACGUCUGAACAUGAAUAAAGGGGCAUGUGUGCUUGUGUGUUAAUGCAUUUCCAUGCAUGCUGGCAUGCAUAUGCAUAACAACGCGUGAAUAAGGGAUUUUUAGUCUAGUCGUUGUAGUUGACAUAGUAAGGGCGCAAUCUCAUCAGUCACUUCUUUCUCCCAAUUCCUCUUUCAUUACUGCAUCCGUUGGAUUUUCGCAGGAAAAUUCAUGGAACAAAUCACGUCGUGCCAGUAGUAACUGAUGUUGUCAGAAAUGACUGGAACAAUCCGAAGAGACCUGUUAUUGACAAGAAACAGGGACAUGAAAUAAGUUUAUGGUUUAUUUUCCCCUUUAACUCUUGAUCAGCACCAUGAGCUUCAGAAUAUUUUGAAAACAUUGUACCUUUUUCAUGAGUUUGGCAACUUUGUUACGUGUAGGAUAAAAACACAGUUAAGUAGCCCCCUGAAAGACCAUUACUAUUAAAUGUAUUGAUGAGCUUGAUACUGAGUAGCCUUGAUCAUUAUUUUCUAGUAAAAUUUCAAUGACAUCGUCUUGCCCAGAUUGCUCCUGAUUUGUAAUGGAUCACGUACAGAUCAUAAGAUUGGGCCCGAGAGCUACAUCUAUAAAUCAUGCCAAAAUUCUCAAUCAAACGAAAUGCAGAUUGAUCGUAUAAUAAAUCGUUUAUUCCAUUGUGACCUUCUUCAAUAUUUUAUUUUUAUUCUAUUGUUUCAUUCCAGAGAGUUCAGUUGGAGGUGGAUGAUCAAUUCACCUUUCUUGUUUCACCUGAUGCUGUCCUUUUCCGUAGAUACAAGGUUCUUUCAUCCACCUUCUCUCAAGGCUAUCAGUCCAUAGGUUAUCUUAAUAACUCUAAUAUGUGAUUUAUACCAGAUUUCAGAUCUUAAUUCAAAGGCAGAAAAACUUUUCUACAACGGCGAUGAAGUAACUUUGGGGGACCCCAAGUCAGUGAAGCGUUGCUAUGUUCUUCCAACUCUCUCCGAAGGCUAUUUGAUGGGUAAUUCAACCAUUUUUUCUUUCCAGUAACAUUUAGCUUCCUUGAAAUUAAAUAUUAUACACAUCUACUGUUAUUUUAUGUGACAGGAGUUCAGAAGGUACAUCCUUUGAUGGAGAAUAUUACGCAACUUGAAGAACUUUGGUUCUUUAAGGUGUAGAAACUGUCUUGAUUUCGAUAAAUGCGAUGAAAUCUUCAACAUACAAGUCAAAAAAAAAUUCUAACUGAAGUGCAUUUCGUAGCAUGGUCUAGCAAUGCUAAAUGAUUACUUCUUCAAGAUCCGAUUCACUUGUGGAGGUUGUGCAAGCGAAAAAUGGUCUUCUUCCAGACCACCUGUUUAUGACGAAAAACUUGUACUUCCAUUUCUAAAAUAUCAUAUACUCUGACAUAUAGAUUUUCCAAUUUUUUAAGCAGGCUGCCAUCUGCCUUUGUUCUGCAUGGAUCAGGUUUGUCUUCAGCCCCACUAACAGCUAGAUUUAUGAAGGCUGUCUCUGCACUUAAUUCUUUCACGAAAAUUAUUGAAGGUGAGAUUUACUCUUUUCCUUUGGGAACUUUUUUCAGAAGGCAAAGUCAAAUUUUAUCUUGUCACCCUAAAGUUGUAUUCUUCUUUGGGAUAGGAAGAGGGCAUAGACUGCAAGUCGUGGUCUUAUAGAAAAAAUUUACGUCAAUAGAUUAUCAUAUGUUGCUAUAGGGCAUCACGAAAACUCAAUAAUUGAUGUUCUUUAAAGUUUGUGUAAAGUUCACGUAGUAGCGUAUUUAUUUACUCUUCAAAUAAAUCCUAGAAACCAUGAAUCUAGAAUAAAAUUUUAGGAAGAAAUUCUAAGAAAUUUGUGUUGGGGUUUAGGCUGCACUUAGAUUAAGAAGGGGGUUUAAAUUGAUCAACUCUAAUAUUUGACUAUUAUUAACUUUUUCUCACUUUACUUAAUUGUGUUCUUAGAUCUCAUGUGCUGAUUUGAUAUGUUCUAAAACUACAUCACUUUAAGAUUUUUAUAUUUAUUCGGCCUCCUAGCUACAUCAACCCUCAAAGAAUAAUUUUUAUCAUCCGAAUUACUUCCGUUUUGAGUUCUAAUUUUUCUUGGACGUUCAAUUAUCCUUAAGUGUGGUGCCAUGGUUUUUCGACGCGAUUACAGGUUGGAAUUUCUUCGGUCAGGGGUUACUAAAGGUUAAGGUACUUGCUCUUAUGUAUUUAUAUUGGUGUCUUUUUAUGACUGUGGACGUCAUGACUCGCAGCAACUUGCAGACGACCAUGACUGCUAUUCGACUAUUCAGAGAGCACCCUUGACUAACCAAAAUAGAAAAACUGAGAUUAAAUUUUUUCCUUCUACAUUAUAUUUUAAUGUGUCACAUUCUUUCUGAUGAGCAUGCCAGCUAAUUUUUUAAAAUUAUCUUGGGAAAUGAAACUAUCGAGAAGAGAAAACUUGAAACUUUCUUAGAAAGCGAUACCACAAUUAGAUUACACCUUCUGACCUGCACAGAUAAUGGUGUAACUAUAAAUUAAGGUCUAUUUACAGGAUAAAGAUCUUAUUUCUUAUUAUAUUUAGUUCUGUGGCCUUGUUUGUCACUAUGACAUGAUUGAAGUUCAACCAGAUUAACAUCUUAUUUGUGCUUUCUGCGACGAUACUAAAAUCACCACGGGAUUUCAAUGUUUAGGAAUACUUCUGCCCUUUAUGCCUGCUUGGAUAGUUUUCCUCGGAUUAUUCAGCCUAAUUAUUUUAUAUUAGGUACUCUAUUAUUUUGUCUGAUCAAAUUAACCACUAGCGUAAAAAUUCUUAGUUUACUUACUUAAAAGAGUUAGUUGGUUACCAUGCAUGAUUCAGGUUCUAAUCCAACAAGAAAAGUGACGUUUAUAUACGGUUCAUAUUGAAAGCUGUGUUAUGAUCGAAUGAGGUGGUGAUUUCACAUGUUCAGUGACCAUUUCUUCUGACGUCUCAGGUUAUGUCUUCAUUUGAUAUUGAUUCAGAGCCUUUCACAUGGACAAAAGCUGCAAAUGCUGUUAAUACCUGCGUUUCUACAGAUACCACCGAUCCUUCUAGUAAAAAACUUACGAGCAAUGAUAUGUCUGUUCUCACAGAUCUAUUUUCAGUUAACGGUAUUAUUCACUAGAAUAGCAAUUUAUAUGCUCUGGCACACGCUUUUAUUUUCCUGGCACUUACUCUGAUAUGGGCUUCUAGAUUUUAGAACUCCAAAACCUACUUAUCGGAUUGAACCAAGUAGGACGUUGGCGGUUACAGCAUUUGAAGAGACCGGUAAAGUUUCUAGCAAGAGAUUCCAGAAAGAUGCAACUGGUCAUGCUGAAGUCACGCCUUUUGUCUCCGCUGAUAAAGUAAAGCCGCAUUUUCAACCGAGAACAACUUCUAAGGAAAUAACUCUUUUAGGUGAUAUUGAAAAUCUCUAAAGUACUUCUAGGCAUUGCCACUAAAAUAAAAAAAACCUUAAUUGCUACACUCUUUGAUCCCAGGUGAUGGCAUUUCAUCAUCGAAAAGGUUUGGUGAGUAAUUUUGUUUGUAUGAUCAAUCGACAAUAAUUGAUAAUUAUCACGUUGGUCCCCCCCAAAGGAACUCUCUUUGAAUGACGUGUCUGUGGAAUUAGUGAACGUAGUAGAACUAGUAAUUGUAACUGAACACUUGCAAUGUAUUAACCUUGCAGCUGAGAAAGUUGAUCAGAGCUAUCAACUCUCAGGUUUCCCAGGAGAAAGUGCACGUACCUUGGAAGAAGAUCAGGAUUCAGGUAUGUCAUGUAGCUUGAGAUAUACCUUCUUACUAGGCUCUUUAAAUUUUACUAUGGAUGCAGAAAAAAGGGUUGAUCAGAGUUCUACACAUUCAGGCUUCCCAGAGAAAACUACAGGUAACCCGGAAGAACGGUACAUUAGGAAAUAUCCUGAGGCCCGAGAGAAUACUUACUACCCUAGUUAAAAAAUUUCGGAAGGUACCUACGCUGAAGAGGAAGAUUCUCCUGCUGAUGCAGGAACAAAUGAUGUAAGUUAAAUUUAUUAGCACAGUCUAUUUUUCUGAUGCAUAAUAAUCAUUUCCCAAUCUAUUCAGAUGAGAAUAUACAUUAGUUGCGUACAUUACUGACAGAUUUGCGAUUACGAGCUUAUUAUGACCUCCUUUGUUAAUUAUGUUAAUUUCUUCCGUUAAUGAAUCUACUACGGUAACGAAAAUCAACUGGAGAUAGAGCUUUUCCCUAUGUUCUACUUUUCUUUCCUUUUUGCGUUUUUCUGGUCUCUGGUACUUGCACUCAUAUACAUAGCAAUGCCGCAGGAGAGUUAUGUUUCCUAGCUCUCCCCAUUCUCUCUGUUUGUAACAUUUAUUAACUGCUGCUCAUCGUCCAAUUUUAUCAGCUAAUCCUGCGCAAUGGCAUUACUGCUGAAUCGGACGAAUUUGAUUCUCAGACGGUAAGAUGGCUGGUUCCCAGUGCUAAGCAUUAGAAUUUAAUAAACCAACUUUGGCUUAACGAACACCCCUCCCGCGUCUGUUGAAGGUCACUACACAGUCAGGAAAGGUAACAGGAAGAAUCAAGAGCAUGCCACCAAAGGUAAGACUCUAAACUUUUGAUUCAGUGUGCGCUUCACUUUGGAGGUUGAAGUCCCCCUCGAACUAACUAAUGGCCCGAUGACUGUCUUCUCAGAUAUCAGGAAAAUCACAGAAGAAGGAAAACUCUGGAGCCAUUCCUGAGAAGAGCUAUUCGGAAAACACCAAGCAAGGUCAACCUAUGUACGGAAUUGUGUCCUUUGACACCAUUGCCGCUAAAAUCCUCAUUUUGUCCCGUGUACACAGCUACGACGUCUGUCCUUCUUGGGAAGAGAUCUGCGACCAAAAGAGAGAAGAUAAGUUUACACUUAUGGUCUAUUAUUUGUUUACCGAAUAUGUCUCGUCUUUAGUUAUAUAUGUUUUGACUAAAAAUGGAUUAGAUUCGGAAUCUGAAAACACUUAAUUUUGCCUUUAAGUUGCAAUCCCCCAUCAACAGUCUUUAGGCAGAUUUCAACACCAAUGGUUCUUUGCACCUUUAUUUCAAUGAUAUAAAUUUUUAUCGAGUAGUGCUGUACCAGUUUCAAGAUAAUGAUCCCCUGGAUGCAUGGAAGCAUAUGGGGGCAGUGGGAGGCAGAGAGAGAUGUCUACGGGGUGGAUAGAAAAAGUUCAACGACAACAUUGUGUCCGAAACAAGCAAACAGAGUUACAAUGGUUCAAAUUAAAGAGGAACUUAGAAAGAGGCGCAUGACGAAAAGGACAAUUCAAUUCCACUGUGAAUGAUAGAUAGUUUAAACAAGGUUGUAUAUAUGUCUCUCUCAAGUCGAACUCACGACUGAUCUCGUCGAAUAUUCACAGCAAAGCCAACACAAAGGAGGCCGUCGCUAAGAGAAAGCCGAGAGUGCUGUCUGAUCAAUGCGACAUAUCUUCAAAGGUAGAUUUGGUCUUGAAGAACUUGUGGUGGCUUGGGUUGCUUCACCGACGGCGUAUCUGAUACUCGUUGGAAUCCGGUCAGGUGCUAGAUUGCCAUGCGAGGGGGCAGCUUUGGUCCCUCACCGUAACAGAACUCAAGUCCUUCCUCACUGUGAAGAAAGCAAAGGUUGGCGGGAAGAAAGAAGACCUCGUACGCCGUGUUGCUUUACUGCUUGAUUGACCCACGCCAUCUUUCCGGUGAUUCUUCCUCCUUUCCAUUUCCCUCCCUUCUUUCGUAGACGUACCUAGCUUGGUUUCGGUGCUCUUGCUGCCAUUGAGACCGACCGAUCUCUCCUACAGGCCCGGAGCGUUGGCCUAACUGCUGAGGAUUGCAGCCAGAAUGUUGAGCAUCGAACCAUCUACCAUCGAAGAUAUGCACGACGCACUGGGGCACUGUAAGUGUGCACAUUAGGGAUUUUUUUCUCUUUUUUUCUUUACAGCACUGCUGCCUCACUUGACGAAACAAAAGAGAUUCACACUUGAUUGAGAAGGGGGAAGCGGGGAGGGUGGAGAGAGCUUAAUUGGGAUUACUCCCUUCAAAGAGCGCCCAUCCAUUUGAAGCCACUUAAUUACAAAAGCUAUCCCUUACAGCCCACCGCUGAAUCUCACUUCUCUACCACCUACAAGACCUUGUAUAAGCUGCCACCCUGCUCAGUUAAUUCAUCUGAUAGCUAGACCUUCGAACAUGCAUUGGGAACAGAAAAAAUGCGGCCGAUGGUCGCUUUAAUGCCAUCCAUCGCUCCCACCACUCGAACACAAGCUACAAGCCGCUGCCACUGGGCCUCUUGAGCUUGAUCCUAACCUUCGUUCCUAUGCUGGCCUGCAUACUCUUAGGUUCACUCGGCUUGGGCUGAACUGUCCCUUCCAAGUUCCUCACAUCUGCUGAGGAUAAUAAUUGUUCCUCCGACCUUGUAAUUUUCCCCAGGCUGCUCUCUACUUCGACAGGCGGCCGCCCUUCUUUGGCCCCAGCCUUCGCCAGCUCCUUCUCCCUCCGCUUCUUCUCCUUCUUCAGGCGCUUCUUUUCCAGAUAUUCCGGGUCAUCACGCCGGCCUUUCUCGUCCGUUCCAACUUCCCCUUUUCGUUUCCUUUCAUCCUUCUUCUCCUUCUUCUUCUUCUUAUCUUUCUCCUCGCUCUCUGCCGCCAAUUCCCUAAGCCCUUGCCUCUCACCAUAGCCAACUCGAGAACUGCCGCCUUCUACAGCCCGAGCCUCGGCAUCUUCUGGAUUAGUCUCUGGGGACAACCGAGGUUCGGGCAUCAUGCUUAUCCUUGAGAUAGCAGUGCACUGCAAUUCCUUAGCAGCUUCAUCACUGCUAACUAGUCUCGCACUGCCGACGCUCGCCGUCAUCCGAGAACCCCUGUCGUGAAUGGAAUUCACUUCCUCAAGGUUCUGAAUGCUGGUGCUCGCCGGCUCAUCAGCCAAUCCCCGUCCUGGUGCAUCCACAGACACAGAGCUGGCAGGGCCCAAUUCCGCCUCAUUCCGCCCGCCGCCAAGAGAGUGGCCCACCCCUUGACCAGUGCUGCUAGCCUUAUGAGAAGUCGUCGGCUGCCUGACCUUGAUCUUCACCACUGGGUACUUUCUCUCACUACCAAUAGAGAUGGUAACAUCUCUGGCCACAUGGGAAGGAGGCCGGGCUUCGGAUGAGGAAGCCCUAGUCUCGAGAACAUGA